AUGGCGCUUGCUCGACUACGAGCCAUGGCCGUUGCCAACCAGGCAAUCCUCGAGGCGCCCAGUGAGAACGUCGCCAGGGUCCAGGGCUCGAAGUCGCGCCGGAGCAAGGGAAAAAAGGCGCGGCCGUUGGAUUACUCGGGCGAGUUCGACCAGCACGCCAACGGGACCGUCUUCAGGAGAGACAACGGCAACAACCGCACCACGGGUGCUACCUUUACCCGGGAGUCGUACACGGUCCCGUCCGAGGUGGCCGAGGCGGCCCGUAUCAUGGCUGAGGCAAACUCGUUGCCCCCUGUUGACUAUGACGCCCUCCUCGCUGAUGUCCGCGCUCGCAUGUCCAGGCGCAAGGCGCACCUGAAUGACACGAACGCGAUGCCGCAAAAGCUACAGAGCCCCUCGGGUCUCGUUGAAUACGUGCCCCCGGCGGAGCUAGCCAUCACGGUCCAGAACGGCACCCAGGUAGCAGGCCCCCAGCAUCCGGACGACCUUUCAUCAGACUACACGGACGCGUCCAGCCCAGACGGCGCCAAGCCACAUGUCGGAAACACGAAGCGGGCGGCCGUGGCCACGACAUUCUGGAUGGAGACCAUGACACAGCGCGGCAGUGCUCCCCACGCGCCGGCGGGCUACCAGGUGUGGCGCAACGUCAGGGACUACGGGGCGUACGGCGACGGCGUGCACGACGACACGGCAGCCAUCAACCUAGCCAUCUCGGAUGGCGGCCGGUGCGGGGUGGGAUGCGCCGGCAGCACCCAGUUCCCGGCCACCGUCUACUUCCCCGCGGGCACCUACCUGGUCAGCAGCUCCAUCAUGCAGUUCCACAACACCGAGAUGCUCGGCGACCCUUUCAACCCGCCCGUUAUCCGGGCCGCCGAGAGCUUCUCGGGCCUGGGCGUCAUCACGUCCGACGUCUUCGCCGACGACGACGUAGCCUCAUCCACCAACCAAGGCAACGUCUUGCGCAGCGUACGUAACUUUGUCGUGGACAUCCGGCCGACGCCGCAGUGGGCCUACGUGUGUGCCAUCCACUGGCAGGUGGCGCAGGGUACGUCGCUCGAGAAUAUCGCCUUCAUCUCGACGACGCCGGCCGAGUACGACGCCACGACGCAGCAGGGCAUCUACAUGGAGAACGGCAGCGGCGGCUUCAUGGGCGACCUGGUCUUUGUGGGCGGCAACUUUGGCGCCUACCUGGGGAACCAGCAGUUUACCACGAGCGGCCUGCUCUUUGAUAAUUGCCGCACGGGGUUGCAGAUUCACUGGGACUGGGGCUGGACCAUGCAAGACACCGAGUUCUACAACUGCGACAAGGGCAUCGUCGUCGUCGGCGGCGCGGGCGGGGCCGGCAGCACCGGUCAGGGCGUCGGCUCGCUGUCCCUUGUCGACCUGCACAUGACAGGGGUCCCCGUCGUCGUCGAGACGUCUCUCUUCGCCGACAACUCGACAGCCCUUCACAUUAGCAACGGGGGGUUCCAGGACUGUGCCACCAUCGUGCUCGACAGCCGCAGCGGCACGGUGCUCUACCCGGGCAAUGCCGCUGGCCGAACCGACGUCAUGUCGUGGGGCUUUGGGAAUGUCGCCGACCCAAGCGGCGAGACCGGGUUUGUCAACGGCGCUGAUAUAAUCGCCCCGGAGUAUCCACCCUCGCUGCUCGUCUCCGACGACCUCCACCCGCGGCCCAAGCUCUUCCACCGCACGCGGCCCAGCUAUGCGGACCCGGGCGACAGCCAGAUCUUUGACGUCAAGACGCUCGGCGCCCAGGGCGACGGCACCACCGACGACACGGCCGUACUCAACCGCAUCCUCGACGUGGCCGCCAACGUGUCGGGCAUCGUCUACUUCCCGCACGGCAUCUACGUCAUCAGCGACACGCUCGAGGUGCCCGUGGGCUCGCGCAUCCUGGGCCAGGCCUGGUCGCAGAUCAUGGCCACGGGCGCCAAUUUCGAGGACAUGGCCAACCCGCGGGCCGCCGUGCGCGUGGGCACCGCCGGGUCCGUCGGCGUCAUGGAGAUUCAGUGCAUGUUAUUCACGGUGCGGGGACCCACGGCCGGCGCCGUCGUUGUCGAGUGGAACAUCCACGAGUCGGCUCAGGGGUCGGCGGGCAUGUGGGAUUCGCAUAUUCGCGUCGGCGGUGCCAAGGGCAGCCAACUGCAAAAGGCCGAGUGUCCCCAAACGGCGCAGAACACGGCGGGCUGCGCAGCCGCGUCGCUGAUGAUGCGCAUGACGGAGAAGUCGUCGGGUUACCUCGAGAACGUGUGGAUGUGGGUGGCCGAUCACGACCUGGACGACGCCGACCAGGCCCCGCUCAACGUGUACGCCGCCCGCGGCAUGCUCAUCGAGUCGCAGGGUCCGACGUGGCUCUGGGGAACUGCCGCCGAGCACGCCGUGCUCUACCAGUACCAACUCGCCGGCGCCCGCAACGUCGUGAUGGGCCUGGUCCAGACCGAGGCGCCCUACUUCCAGCCAUCCCCCAGAGCGCCAGCCCCCUUUGAACGGGGCCUCGUAUUCAAGGACGAUCCGACCUUUAGCGACUGCUCGGCCGACUCGCAGACGUGCGCCAUGGCCUGGGCGCUGCGCAUCGUCGACUCCUCCGCCGUCCACGUCAUCAGUGGCGGCCUGUAUACCUGGUUCCGAGGCUACUCACACGACUGUGUCGAGAGCGGCGCCCACGACUGCCAGCUCGGCACCUUCUACGUCGAGCAGAGCUACGACGUUUGGGUAUACAACCUCGUCACCAUUGGCUCCGUGCAGAUGGUCACGCCGCUCAACGGGGAGCCCAUCCUGGCUGCCAACAACCGCAACGGAUACGCCUCCUCUAUCGUGGCCUGGCUCGGCGGCGCGAACCAGACGGCGGGCGAGCGCAACAUCACGGGCUACACGCUGCACACGCGCGACGACCUGGCUACGUACGACUUCUCGGAGCAGUGCAAGACGGCGCUGACAGCCACCAUCGCCUGUGCCGCCCAGACGAUGCACUGGACAUCCCCCGCCUACCGCGGAUCCUUGGGCAACGCGACGCUGCAGGACGAGGUGUGCGACGUGGGCUGCGGCACCUCGCUCGCCUCGUGGUACCGGCAGGUCUCAGCCAGCUGCGCCGACUUCCGUUGGCCCUUGUCGGGCGCCGUCCUCGAGAUGGCUGGUCGCUAUAUCUGGUACGGCUACAACGAGAGUUGCUCGACUGAUAGCGGGACGGGACGCCAGUCCGAAACGCUCGCCGGUAUGCCCGACAGCGAGCUCUGCUCCGAUUGUUUCACGGGUCGCAUUCGCAUGAUGCAGCAGAGCACCUACUCGGUCUACAACACAAUCCCGUGGUACCAACGGGCCCUCAAAGCGAUAAAGGCCCGCUGCUCGCUGGCACUCCCCGACGAUGUGCCUCCGCCCCUGAUCGAAAUUCCAACGCCCAGCCCCUUCUGCGUCUCUGACAAGUACCACACCAUCCAGGCAGGUGACGACUGCAACUCGAUCGCCCUCGCCAACAGCGUCUCGUCGGCCGGCGUUGUCGAUGCCGCCAAGGCAGUUGGGGACGUCGUCGGCGGCUGCAGUGGCCUCCCUGCGGGGCUGGAGAUCUGCCUCCCCCUAACGUGCACCACGUAUUCGGUCGUGCCCACGGACAGCUGUAUGACCAUCUCAGCCAUAGCCGGCAUCCGCGACGUCGCGCUGUACAACCGCUGGAUCGACCAGAGCUGCGACAACCUCCAUGAGGCGAACUCCACGCUGGGUCACGUCGUGUGUAUCUCCCCCGUCGGCGGCGCUUACGUGCCCGGCACGGCGACCAAUACAUCGGGCAUCCCCCACGGCGGCUCGGUCGGAACCAGCCCGAUCGCUGUGGCCCCCCCUGCCAACGCCACUCCCGCCCCGGGUACCGUCAGGACCUGCGGCCGCUGGCACGUUGCCGAGGACGGCGACACGUGCGCAUACAUCACCAUGACAUACAAGCUUGGCCUCAACUUGUUCGCCAGCAUGAACCCCUCCAUCGACACCAACGGCGCCGGCGGCUGCUCGCCCUCGAUCGUCCCGGGGCAUGCCUCGUCCCACGUCCUGCGGGGCACAGCCUGGACCAACGACGGCGUAACGCUCGAGACGUGCGCCGAGGGCUGUCUCGCAUACGGAUCCUAUCUCGCCGGCGUCGACAGCAGAUCCUCCCCUCCCACGUGUGUCUGCGGCAACAGCGUGCCGGCCAACACGACCCGGCUCUCCGUAUCAGCCUGCGCCGCCGCCGACGCGGCGGGUGUCGACGUGUACGGCCUCCACGAGCACGUCAAGGUCAGCGUGCCCUUCCGACCGGUCGGGUGCUUCGCCGACGCGGCCCUCCUCACGGACGCGGGCGGGGGCGGGGCCACUGUGGCGCCCAGCACCACGGCGCCGGCCUCGGUCGCGCGGUGUGCGGCCUUUUGCCUGCCCGACUAUCCCUUCUUCGGCCUCUCCGGCGGCAACACCUGCCGCUGCGGCACGGGCCUGGCCGCCGCCGCCGCCGACGGGACGUCUCUGCCUGAGCUCGAGAGCUGUAACCUGCCGUGCAGCGCGCGCCGCGACACCACCUGUGGCGGUGCCGCGGCGACGUACAUCUACGCUUCCCAGGUCACCUAUUCUUAG